CCGCAGAUGUAUCGCUGGCAGCUCUUGUAGGUUCCAUAUUUUCAGUUGACACGCCAAUUAGUGCAUUUAUAAUUCAUGACGUGGGUUAAUUGCUACACUUAAACCCAACAAAACGGCCAACGAUUGGGGCUGUAAUUCUCCUAAGGCGAAUCCAAACCUUAUCUCGAAAAACAGAUAGCAGAUAAUGUUCUUUAUGAUAAAGCCCGAAGAAGAGAGCGAUUGUGAAUCAGUUUUGGCCGCAUCUUUGCAAUGGUAACCACACAGCGGACCAAGGAGAUUUGCGAAAUUAUUCGGCUGAAAUCAACCCAGGUGUUCCUGGUGGCUGGAACAUGUUUGAUAACGGUAAUGGUCACAUUGCUCUGCAUUGGCUUUAUGACCAGGUACGAAGUGGAGAACGAUGUGGCCAACGUGGCGGAUGUGGAUUAUUGGAAGGAUAGGGUGGCGCCCUCGCAGAAAAUCUGGUAUGAUAAGGGCAUUGAUGAGCUGAACGAGGCACUAAGGCCAGAAGAUUUGACCUAUCCUAAAAACGUGAGGAUAUUUGUGAUACAGGGAAUCGAUGGACGAGACUUGGCUGCUUUUCGAUUUCCAACCAGAGAUAUUAGCCGUGGCAAUAGCAACUUUAUUUGGGAUCAGUUCCCCCACUUGGCUCGCUUGAAAAACAGCUGCAGUCAGCAGUUUCCCUGUCAAGUGGCCAGUGUUUCCCGAGCUCUUUGGUUGGGAAUUCCUUUGGAUAAAGUCCCAGAAAAUCAGCAGGAUUGCGGAAGGUUAUUUAAUGCAACGCAAGAACCGAUAAGCAUUGUGCGACAGGCCCAAUUGGCUGGCCUGCGAACUGGUUUUGUGACCACGCAAAGGAUUACCGGACCCACAGGAGCUGCUUUGGGAAACACUAAUGGCCACUAUGAAUGCGAUGAAAGGAUGCCGCGAAGCUCUAAAAAAUCCGGUUGCCAGGACAUAGCCCAACAGUUGAUCUCUGGUGAAACUGGUAAAUCUCUAAAUGUACUCAUCGGCGGGGGCAGGCAGAUGCUGAGCAGUCUGGUGCCCAACACCAAAUAUGAUCCUGUGGAUGAGCUGCUCUGCGAGUCCAACGAUGGACGCAACCUGCUAAAGGAUUGGAGAACCCAAAAACUUAGGGAGAGCAAAAUCAAUCCAAUAAUAUUCGAUUUGAUUCAGCGAAGGGAUGAGCUGGAGUCCCUAAAUUCUAGUAGUUUUGAUUAUUUAAUGGGUGUGAUGGCCAAUGGGGAUUUGAGUGGUAAUUCAAAGGCCCCAAGUCUGAAAUUGAUGGUGGAGAAGUCUUUGAAUGUGCUUAAUAAAUAUAAGCAAGGAUAUCUACUCAUAGUGGAGCAAUUUAUACCAUCGGGUAUUGACAAAGGACAGCAGUUGCAGCUAUUGAACGAUACUUUGGGUAAUCUUCACAAGGAUCCGGAUACUUUAACUCUGGUUUUAAUGACCAAUGCCAUAUAUCCAAAACCAAGUCUGGAUGUCAGCGAAGAAACCGAGACAAUCAGCCUGCUUCCGGAGAUAUUUAAUGAGGCGAAAUCUGAGAUUCAAAAACGACUAAACCAAAUGCCAUCUGAAAGCUUACUUUUUGCACAGGGGCCCAAGUCCUCAAUUUUUCAAGGUGUUCGAAAGGAAACCUUCCUGGCACAUGCAGUAUCCCAUGUCCUUAGCAGAAGUAGAGCUCAACCUUAGAAUACUAUUCACAUGUAUAUGUAAUAAAAUGUUUAGGCAAAAUUAAAUGUAUUUUUAUAAAAUUGCAAUAGCUGUCACCCCGA